AUGUGUAUCAGUUCCGGUCGCGAGUGCGAGGGAUAUCGCAAUCUCCCUGAUAAAAGAACGAGGGCUGCACGGAGGCCCGGCCAAGCUGUCGUCCACGUUCCGAUCCUUGCCAAAGCCACAGCAAAUCAGCAAUGCUCUCGAAGCCUGUCUAUUUCAAAGGCGUCUUCUUCUCUCGGUCGAGGAAGUUUGGUAGACCUUACACCUGCCGAAGGGUGGUAUUUGGACCAUUUCCGAAGGAUCACCUCUCCUCGUUGCGGUGGAUAUUUCUACGACGAGUUCUGGCACCGAUUAGUACACCAACUCAGCGAAGACCAGCCGGCAGUUCGACAUGCAGUCAUUGCCAUGAGUGCCCGCCAUUCCCAAAUCGAACGACUAGAAUUAGGACAAGUCUCAUCGGCUGACGAAGGCUACCUAAGUCUCCAGCAGUGCAACAAAGCAAUUACGUGCCUCCGGGAAUACCUAUCGAAAGAGCAGUCCGGUCGCUCACCGAAAGAGGUGGUGCUGGCCACCUGUGUUGUCUUAGUGUACCUUGCUCUUUUGGAAGAAGACGCCCAUGCUGCCGAUUACCAUUUUCAAUCAGGCAAUCGAUUAUUACAGGAGUGGCAAAAAGACAACUUUGAACAAAAUCCCAACGGCCCGGCCUUUUUGCAGGCAUUCUCCGAUCUUUAUUUACAUCGAUCGACUUGUGCUGAUCCAAAGACUUUUGUCGAAGACGAACACCCAUCACUUUCAGCGCCAUGUCCUGAGCAAGUGCGGCCCAGGAAGUCCAUUGACAACUCGGAGACUGUCAAUCAUUUCAUUGUUAUUCUUGGAUGGGUCGUGUUGCAGAGCAAUCGGAAAGGAUUCAGCAUUGGGCCAGCAACCUCGUUUAUCCGUAGCGGAGAGGCUUCAAUUUUGAGUAUGCUUCGGCUUUGGAGGAUACAAUUGAAACGAUCCGUGAUGGUGCACGGAAACGAUGUUCCACACAAGGAUCGCGACGCACUGACUAUAUUUGCGUUAUGGAGCGAAGUCAUCUAUAUCAAGGUGACUGCAGGAAACCAGCCGGGGUCGCAGGAGAUGAGAUAUGAUGGCUUACUGUCCCGUUUCCAGCGAGCAGUCAUUCUUGCAAAAACCUUUCUGACGGCGCCUACUGAGAAGUCAACGUCGCCGACCUUCCCAGCUAAAACCGCUAUUAUUCCUCCCCUCAUAUUCUGCGCAUCCAAGUGCCGAGAUUGGUUCAUCCGACAUCAAAUACUGCUCUUAUUACGCGGAUUACGAGACCAAGGAGACUUGUGGGUAUCAGGAACGAUCACCGUCCUAGAGAGACUAAUCGAAAUUGAAUCAGAAGGGAUCACGCCGGGAGAGAAGGUUCCAGAGUCUUCUCGCGUUGACUCCGUGUUUGCUGAUAUCCGAGACGAAGACUCUAAGCUAGAAUUGUGGUAUCGUCACUCGCGAGCACCUGGUGGUAAUCAUGAAGGGUUUUGGAGGAGUGAGAUUUUGUCUAUUCCAGCUUCGUGA